GCAGUGGCUUCUUGGAAGCAAGGAUGACCGUGCUGGGGAGGCUCCGGAGGGGUUUCCGACAGGUGUCUCCUCAGGUGGUGCUGCUCCUGCUCUUUGCCUUCUGCCUGCUCAGUGUUUUCAUCUCGGCAUAUUAUUUAUAUGGGUGGAAGAGGGGUCUGGAGCCCUCCGGGGAGGUCCCGGGCCCAGACUGCGAUGAACCCAAGAUUGCCCCUUCCCGCCUGCUCCCCUUGAAGCCCCUCAAGGUGGCCGAUUCAUCCCGCACGGACCCCUUGGUGCUGGUGUUCGUGGAAAGCCUGUACUCUCAGCUGGGCCAGGAGAUCAUUGCCAUCUUGGAAUCCAGCCGCUUCAAAUACCGGACAGAGAUUGCCCCCGGGAAGGGGGACAUGCCCACCCUGACCGACAAGGAUCGGGGACGCUUCGCGCUCAUCAUUUACGAGAACAUCCUCAAGUAUGUGAACUUGGACGCCUGGAACCGGGAGCUCUUGGAUAAGUACUGCGUGGAGUACGGCGUGGGGGUUGUCGGCUUCUUCAAGGCCAACGAGAACAGUUUGCUGAGUGCUCAGCUGAAGGGCUUCCCACUCUUUCUCCACUCCAACCUCGGGCUGAAGGACUGCAGCAUCAACCCCAAAUCCCCGCUCCUGUACAUCACGCGCCCCAGCGAGGUGGAGAAGGGUCUGCUUCCAGGAGAGGACUGGACCGUCUUCCAGUCCAACCAUUCCACCUACGAGCCGGUACUCCUGGCCAAGACCAAGUCAGCAGAGUCCAUCCCGCACAUGAGCGUCGAUGCUGCGCUGCACACCACCGUGGUGCAGGACCUGGGCCUGCACGACGGCAUCCAGAGAGUCCUCUUCGGGAACAACCUCAACUUCUGGCUGCACAAGCUGGUCUUCGUGGAUGCCGUCUCCUUCCUGACCGGCAAGAGGCUCUCCCUUCCCCUCGACCGCUACCUCCUGGUGGACAUCGAUGACAUCUUCGUGGGCAAGGAGGGCACUCGCAUGAAGGUCGAAGACGUAAAGGCUCUGUUUGACACUCAGAAUGAACUGCGCACCCACAUCCCCAACUUCACCUUCAACCUGGGCUACUCAGGGAAAUUCUUCCACACAGGCACGGACGCUGAAGACGAAGGAGACGACCUGUUGCUGUCUUACGUGAAGGAGUUCUGGUGGUUCCCACACAUGUGGAGUCACAUGCAGCCUCACCUCUUCCACAACCAGUCGGUGCUAGCGGAGCAAAUGACCAUGAACAAGAAAUUCGCUGUCGAGCAUGGCAUCCCCACCGACAUGGGGUACGCCGUGGCACCCCACCACUCCGGCGUGUACCCCGUCCACGUGCAGCUGUACGAAGCGUGGAAGCAGGUUUGGGCGAUCAAAGUCACGAGCACGGAGGAGUAUCCUCACCUGAAACCAGCCCGCUACCGCCGGGGCUUUGUCCACAAUGGGAUCAUGGUACUCCCGCGGCAGACCUGUGGCUUGUUCACGCACACCAUCUUCUAUAACGAAUACCCUGGCGGCUCCAGUGAACUGGACAAGAUCAUCAAUGGAGGGGAGCUGUUCCUGACUGUGCUACUUAACCCUAUCAGUAUCUUCAUGACCCACCUGUCCAAUUACGGCAACGACCGCCUGGGUUUGUACACCUUCAAACACCUGGUCCGCUUCCUCGGCUCCUGGACCAACCUGAAGCUGCAGACGCUGCCGCCCAUGCAGCUGGCGCAGAAAUACUUCCAGAUCUUCUCCGAGGAGAAGGACCCACUGUGGCAGGAUCCCUGUGAGGACAAGCGGCAUAAGGACAUUUGGUCCAAAGAAAAGACAUGUGACCGGUUCCCAAAGCUUCUCAUCAUCGGACCUCAGAAAACAGGGACGACAGCCCUCUAUCUGUUCCUGGGGAUGCACCCGGACCUGAGCAGCAACUACCCCAGCUCGGAGACUUUUGAGGAGAUCCAGUUCUUCAACGGACACAAUUAUCACAAGGGCAUUGACUGGUACAUGGAAUUCUUCCCCAUCCCCUCCAACACCACCUCCGACUUCUACUUCGAGAAGAGCGCCAAUUACUUUGACUCGGAAACGGCCCCCAGGCGGGCGGCCGCGCUGCUCUCCAAGGCCAAGGUCAUCACCAUCCUCAUCAACCCUGCAGACCGGGCCUACUCCUGGUACCAGCACCAGCGAGCUCACGAUGAUCCAGUCGCUCUGAAAUUCACCUUCCACGAGGUGAUCACAGCUGGGCCUGAGGCUUCUCAGAAGCUCCGGACGCUACAGAGCCGCUGCCUGGUACCGGGCUGGUACGCCACCCACAUUGAGCGCUGGCUGAACAGCUAUCAUGCCAACCAGAUCCUUGUUCUGGAUGGCAAGCUGCUCCGAACAGAACCAGCCAAAGUGAUGGAUACAGUCCAGAAGUUCCUUGGCGUGACGAACUUCAUCGAUUACCAUAAAACCCUGGCGUUUGAUCCAAAGAAAGGAUUCUGGUGCCAACUGCUGGAGGGAGGGAAAACCAAGUGCUUGGGGAAAAGCAAAGGGAGGAAAUACCCAGAGAUGGAUUCAGAUUCACGAGCCUUCCUGAGGGAUUAUUACCGGGACCACAAUAUAGAGCUGUCCAAGCUGCUGUACAAAAUGGGUCAGACGUUGCCAACCUGGCUGCGGGAGGAACUCCAGAACGCUAGGUAGCUGCUGCUAUCAUCGCCUUACUGAGCAAUAGUGACGCGAGCCCACGAAGAAGAUCCCAAAUCUAACACCGAGCCAAACAGACAGGAGCGGGAAGGAAAGGCCACCAGGGAAAAGCAUUUCUGAGCAAUAUUCAGCCAAGGUCUUUGAGCGAGAACCCAUGUGGUGAUCAGUAUGGCGUACGGGAGCAAACUGUCUCUUCUGAGGGCCCUUAAAGUUGUGUGACUGCCUGACUCUGCAAACCCAGUGCAAAUUCCCCAAGAGCUGUUGUCUUCUGAGGUCUAUGUCAAUGAGGUCACUUCCUGGGUUGUGAUGUCAUUUCCUGAUGAGGGGGGGAUUCCCCAAAGAUUCCCUGCUUCUCCAUACCUGGAUGGGGUUAACUUCUCCAUGUCUAAGAUAGUAUUACAGCAACUCUGAGACUCUCCUCAUCAGAUAAUGGAGCUGAGCACCCUUCCAAGAUGUGGACAACUCUUUGCAAAGCUGGCUUGGAGAACAGGAGCACGAUGUGCUGUUUGAGGUCAGAGGCACAAAGGGGCUGGCCAGAAACACCGACCCAAGUCUGCAAUCAAGUUUCAAACAAAGUGAAGUGAGACAGCAUAAAAGAAUGGGGUGUCCUGGGUUCCCACAAGACCUAGCGCUAAGCACUGGAAGAGGUCUGUGGAUUUUUUUAAAGACGACUUUAAGACUUGGCAAUGUUUAGUUUGUCACCAAUGAAUUCUCCCCCUCCCCCCAGCCUUUUAUUUUAUUGUAUUGAAGGGUGGGAGCUUGACAGAUGACUAUCUGUCUCAUCUGGUAAGAGAACUGAACUGAGAACUGGUUCCAGAGUGGUUACAAAGGAAAACUCUGCCCCCUGCCCCCCUUCCUGUGUGGCAACGUUUUAUAUACGUGGUGUUUUCUGUGGUAAAAGACUGAGGUUGUCCAGUAGCCUGCUCACUGGAACGUGCUUCGAUAUACGAGCCACCAGCUCAGAAGGGGGCAGACGUCGGGCAGGGCAGACGUUGGACUAACAGCGGCCGAAAGGAUUCUGAGCACGUUGGACCUCUUGGAUACUAAAAGCUAAAGUAUUUUAAUAAUUUUGUUCUGUUUUUCUGGUGCCACAAGUUUGUACCUGAGAUA